CCCGUACAAUGGGAGUGUUGGUUGUGUUUUGCGCGGUGUUGCUGGUGACCGCUGGAGGUCCGGCCAGUGCCGGGAAAGCUAGUUCCAGCUCCAAGUGCGAGAAGUCGUUGACGACGGCUAGUGGAUCGAGGGCUCCGUCAGGACCCUACUGUCCGGGAGAUUUGAUUUUUGAAGACACGUUCGAUAGCUUUGACUUGGAUACCUGGCAGCAUGAGAACACUUUGGCUGGCAAUACGAACUGGGAAUUUCAGUGGUUCACCAACAAUCGCUCCAAUUCUUUUGUGAAGGAGGGAAACCUCUUUGUACGUCCUACGCUGACCGUUGAAGAGUUCGGUGAGCCGUUCUUGAGGUCGGGAAUCCUCAACAUUCACGGUGGAUCACCGGCUGAACAAUGCACCAAAGCCAGCUUCCACGGUUGCGAGCGAACCGGUAGUCACGUGCACAUCCUGAACCCGGUGAAGAGUGCCAGCCUGCGAACGGUUGACACGUUCGCGUUUCGCUACGGAAAGGUUGAGAUCAGCGCCAAACUUCCGGCCGGAGACUGGCUGUGGCCAGCGAUCACGUUCCUGCCGAAGGUCAACGCGUACGGCUCGUGGCCAGCUUCCGGUGAGAUCGACCUGCUUGAAUCCAAGGGCAACCGGGACCUGAUCAAGAACGGGAUCAACGUCGGAAUCGAGCAGGUCACCUCGAAGCUACAGUAUGGUCACAACGCCGGCCACAAUGAGGCCUCCACGACGACGUUCACGCGGAACUCGGAAUCGGGCAAGGGCUACAACACCGGGUUCAACCGCUACCAGAUGGAGUGGACUCCGGAUCACGUGACGUUCAGCAUCAACGACAUCGAAACGGGAACGGUCAAGGUGGGAACGGGAUUUUGGGCGCGUGGGAACUUCAAUUUGACCGCACCCGGAAUGGACAACCCGUGGCGGUAUGGCAGCAUCAUGGCACCGUUUGAUCAGGAGUUUUACUUCCGGAUUUCGUUGGCCGUUGGAGGGGCGGAAUACUUCUCGGACGACGAUAUCAAUCCGACGAAGAAGCCGUGGCGAAACGAUUCGCCGUAUCCGAUGACGGAUUUCUGGAACGGACGUAACGACUGGUUGCCCACGUGGAAUUUGGACGAGGAUGCCGCACUGCAGGUGGAUUACGUGAGAGUGUGGGCUCUGUAGAGUUGAUAUUUUGAUGAUUAUGAUGGAAUUAUAGUAAAACUUAUUCAUACUGGUUUAAAUAAAAUAUACUUGCAAAAUAAAAUAUAAAUAAAUAAAUAAAUAAAUCUCAGAACAAAA